AUGGCAGAAAAUACCACAAAGCCUGUCAUUCUAAUCAUUCCAGGCUCCUUCUCGCAUGCCUCGCACUACUACGUCCUAACCGACAAGCUCAAGGAGCUUGGCUACCAGACAUUUGUCAACGCGCUGCCAUCGACGAGCCGCGACGAUCCCGAGGAGCCUGUCAGUCUCCAAGAGGACGCCGUGUUCUUCCGCGGCAUCAUUGAGAAGCUCGCGGACAGGGGCCACGAUGUCGUUGUCCUGAUGCACUCAUAUGGUGGACAGGUGGGAAGCGAGGCUGUCAAGGAUGUAGGCAAGGAGGAGCGCCAGAAGGCUGGGAAGAAAGGGGGUGUGGUCAAGUUGAUUUACCUCACGGCGGCUGUGCUGGAGGUUGGCUCGUCCAUGAAGAGUGAGUCCGGGGAUCCACCGCCUGGAUUGGUCGAGAUCAGUGAGACCGGAUAUAUGCGCAUCGUCGGCGUCGAACUCGUCGCCAAAGCCGCCUUCUCAGACGUCGAGUUUCAUAGGGCCGUCGACAUAGUGAGGACCAUGCCCAAGCAUUCCUCGCUUAGCUUCGCCGGCGAAUUGACCUAUCCCGGAUACAAGUAUAUCCCGGCAUCGUACAUUUUCUGUGAGAAUGAUUAUCUCGUGGUGCCGGAUGCACAGCGUAAGUAUAUCGACAGGAUCAAGGCGGCGACGGGAAAGGAGGUCGAUGUGCAUACUCUGAGUACCGGGCAUGCACCAAAUCUCAGUGCACCUGAUAAGUUGGCGGAAGUCGUUGUUGGGAUCAUUACGGGGACUGCGUCGGCUUGA